UCAGCCUUCCCACCGCCCCCUCGCGCCAUCCCGCCCCGCCUCUGCAAAGUCCGGUGCGGCGGGUCGGCGGCGGCAGGCGUCAUGGUGCGCUCGCUCAACUCCAUCGUGGCUGUCUGCCAGAACAUGGGCAUCGGGAAGGACGGCAGCCUGCCCUGGCCGCCGCUGAGGAACGAGUACAAGUACUUCCAGAGAAUGACGAGCACAUCCUAUGUGGAAGGUAAACAGAAUGCACUGAUAAUGGGUAAAAAAACCUGGUUCUCCAUUCCUGAGAAGAAUCGUCCAUUAAAAGACAGAAUUAAUAUAGUGCUCAGCCGGGAGCUCAAGGAACCACCAAAAGGAGCACAUUAUCUUUCCAAAAGUCUGGAUGAUGCUUUAGCUCUUUUGGAUUCUCCAGAGCUGAAAAGUAAAGUAGACAUGGUUUGGAUUGUUGGAGGCACUUCUGUUUACAAGGCAGCGAUGGAGAAGCCAAUUAAUCAUCGAUUGUUUGUGACAAGAAUUUUGCAGGAAUUUGAAAGUGACACAUUCUUUCCAGAAAUCAACUACAAAGACUACAAACUUCUUACAGAGUACCCAGGUGUCCCUGCUGAUAUCCAAGAAGAGAAUGGCAUCCAGUACAAAUUUGAAGUGUAUGAAAAAGCUGUCUUGGCACAAUAAAUGAGGUUUUUGGUACUUCUGUGUAAGGGCAGAUGUUUUAAAUCAUGAAGUCUUACUGAGUACAAAUAUGUAUUAAAUUAUUGAGAGAAAA